AUGGCCAUAGCCACGUCGGCCCAGCUGGCCCGGGCACUGUACGACAACACCGCCGAGUCCCCCCAGGAACUGUCCUUCCGCCGAGGGGACGUUCUACGGGUGCUGCAGAGGGAAGGCGCUGGUGGGCUGGACGGCUGGUGCCUCUGCUCCCUGCAUGGCCAGCAGGGCAUUGUGCCUGCCAACAGAGUGAAGCUCCUUCCCAAUGGCCCGACACCCAAGCCUGGCCUCUCCCAGGUGCCGCCAGCCCAGCCUGGCUCGCCACAUCCAGCCCCAGAGCACGGCAAUGAGGACCAGGAGGUGUAUGUGGUGCCACCCCCAGCUCGGCCCUGUCCUACCUCGGGACCUCUGGCUGGACCCUGUCCGCCCUCCCCUGAUCCCAUCUACAAGGUCCCCAGAGGCAGUGGGACCCAACAGGCUGCCCCUGGAGAUGCCCUGGAGGUCUAUGACGUACCCCCCACUGCCCUCCGAGUUCCCUCUAAUGGCCCCUAUGACUCCCCGGCCUCCUUCUCCCGCCCUCUGGCUUGGGUUGUCCCCCAGUCCCCUGGAGAAGAUGAAGCUCCCUAUGAUGUGCCUCUGGCCCCGAAGCCACAGUCAGACCUGGAGCCAGAUCUGGACUGGGAGGGGGGCCGGGAGCCAGGGCCCCCCCUCUAUGCUGCCCCCUCCAACCUGAAACGAGCAUCCGCCCUGCUCAAUCUGUACGAAGCACCGGAAGAACUGCUGGCAGACGGGGAAAGCGGGGGCACUGACGAGGGCAUCUACGACGUCCCCCUGCUGGGGCCGGAGACACCCCCUUCUCCAGAGCCCCUGGCAGCCUCAGCUUCCAAUGACCUGGACGCCCUGGCCCUGCUUCUGGCCAGAAGCCCCACACCCGCACACAGGCCCCGCUUGCCCUCAGCUGAAAGCCUGUCCCGCCGCCCUCUGCCAGCCCUGCCUGUCCCAGAGGCCCCCAGCCCUUCCCCGGCCCCCUCUCCUGCUCCAGGCCGGAAGGGCAGCAUCCAGGACCGGCCUCUACCCCCGCCCCCACCCCGCCUGCCGGGCUACGGGUGCCCCAAGGUCGAGGGGGAUCCAGAGAUCGGGGAGGUGGAGGACCAUCAAGAAGGACACCACAAUGAGUAUGAGGGCAUCCCGAUGGCCGAGGAGUAUGACUAUGUCCACCUGAAGGGCAUGAAUAAAGCUCAGGGAGCCAGGCCCCGGGAUAAGGCCUCCCCAGGGGAUCCUGAACUGCUGGAGAGGGGGCCACCAGAGCAGCAGGAGGCCCCGUCCCCAGGGGAGCCACUGGUUCUUCCCGCCGGAGAUCUACAGCUCCUGCACUUCUACGCCGGGCAGUGCCAGGGCCACUACUCAACACUGCAGGCAGCCGUGGCGGCCCUAAUGUCCAGCACCCGGGCCAACCAGCCCCCGCGCCUCUUCGUGCCCCACGGCAAGCAGGUGCUGGUGGCCGCUCACCGCCUGGUGUUUGUUGGGGACACCCUGGGCCGCCUGGCAGCCUCCACCCCUCUGCGAGCACAGGUCGGAGCUGCAGGCACAGCGCUGGGCCAGGCAUUGCGGGCCACGGUGCUGGCCGUCAAGGGGGCCGCCAUGGGCUACCCAUCCGGCCCCGCGGCCCAAGAGAUGGUGCAGUGUGUGGCGGAGCUGGCAGGGCGGGCCCUGCAAUUUACCACCCUGCUCACCAGCCUGGCCCCCUGA